AUGUCGUCGUCGGAAUCGCCAAGCUCCGGCGAACCCGAGCCAACUGUGCCGAGCGAGAACUCCAAGAAACGCAAGUCGCAAAUCGAGGAGAUUGAAGUCGAUCUCGCGCUCCCCGAACCACCUUCGAAGAAGGCCAAACGUCUCCUCAAGAAGGGCAAGCCACUCCCCGUAAAACCCAACAGCGACGACGAAGCCGACAAGGAGGAGGACGAUGGACUGGCUGUGCCGUCAGGAAAGGCAAAGAACGGCAAGAAGGAAUCAAAGCGCUCCGAGUUUGGCGUGUGGAUUGGCAACCUGCCAUUCACCAUGACGCGAGUCGACCUGCUCAAAUGGUUUGUCGAGUCUUCUGGCGGCGUCAUACAAGAAGAGAACAUCACCAGAGUCAACCUGCCGCCGAGCAAGCUUCCGGCCAGAGAUGGCUGGCCGAAACCACAGAACAAGGGCUUCGCAUAUGUCGACUUUGACACGGAAAGCGCCGCCAUGGCCGCCAUGUCGCUUACCGAGACGGAGCUCAACGGCCGUAACGUGUUGAUUAAGAACGCUACCAGCUUCGACGGACGGCCGAAGAAGGAGGGCGCUGACGGGGAGGCAGCACCGGGCCAGGCAGGCCCCAAUGCCAAGGGAGGCAAGACGCACGAGGCGAGCAGGAAGAUAUACGUUGGAAACCUGGGCUUUCAGAACACCGAGGACGACCUAUGGUAUCACUUUGAGAAGUGCGGCGAGAUCGACUGGGUCAAGGUGGCCACUUUCGAGGACUCGGGCAAGUGCAAAGGCUACGGCUGGGUCAAGUUCAGGGAGGUUGAGGCUGCCGAGGCGGCUGUCAAGGGCUUCGUCAGGAUAAAGGAGGAGGUCGAAACUGAAGCGGACUUCCAGGAUUCCAAGGCCGACAAGCAAGAGGACGGCGAAGGGGCUACGGAUGAGGGAAAGAAGUUCAAGAUGCGCAAGUGGUGGGUCAACCGGCUGAAGGGGAGGCAGUUGAAGGUCGAAUUCGCAGAGGAUGACCAAGUCAGGUACAAGAAGCGGUUUGGAAAGGAUAAGCCGAAGGUGCACGAAGGCGCCGAUGCAGGACGGGGAGAAGCCGCAAAGCCGGUGGCCGCUCCGAAGAAGACGACGUUCGAUGAAUAG